UGUCCCUGCCCCUCAGUGUCAGGAGCUGCUAUGCAGCAGGUGCAGCCUGGUCUCUCACUGAGUCUUUACUCCACAAAGGCAACAACUAGCCAAGGCAGUGGCUGGCCCUGGAUUACACAAGUGCAGACACUCAACUAAGUGAGCUGGAAGACCCAGGAGAAGACCGGGCCUCAGGUGCCCACAUGAUUAGCACAGCCAGGGUACCUGCAGAUAAGCCAGUCCGCAUCGCCUUCAGCCUCAAUGACUCCUCAGAUGAUCCACCUCCUGAAGACUCCAUUCCUUUGGUCUUUCCAGAAUUAGACCAGCAGCUGCAGCCGCUACCGCCCUGUCAUGACUCCGUGGAAUCCAUGCAGGUGUUCAAGCAGCACUGCCAAAUCGCAGAGGAGUACCAUGAAGUCAAGAAAGAAAUUGCCCUCCUGGAGGAAAGGAAAAAGGAGCUCAUCGCCAAGCUGGACCAGGCAGAAAGAGAGAAGGUGGAUGCUGCCCAACUGGUUCAGGAGUUUGAGGCUCUGACGGAGGAGAACCGGACACUGAAGUUGGCCCAGUCACAAUGUGUGGAACAACUGGAAAAACUUAGAAUACAGUAUCAGAAGAGGCAGGGCUCAUCCUAACUUGAAAUGAUUAAAUGUAAGUGUGAGACAGUGGUGAUUGCUAUAUACUGGCUGAAAGAAUUUAUUUUAAAGGGAUGGCCAGUAAAACCUAUUGUUUCUCUUUAUUACCCACAUAGCAAAUGUCUAGAAUAUGUGUAAUCUUCUUUAGGAACAUGUGAUCACAAUAUACAUUAGGGUGGAGAAUGAUAAAAAUAAAGUAUCGACUGACCCUCUCUAAGAAUCAUGAGCCAUGAAACAAACCAGUAAGAUUCUCAUUGGAGCUGCACAUCUGUGCACGGACAAACUUCAUGCCUUUGACAUUUCAAGUCUGCACAAAUAUAAACCGUUGCUAUUUCUCUGCAUGUAUUUAUGUUCACUAGAGUCAUAUGUAAGCCUUCCAUGAUUGAUUGUCCUAAGAAUAAAUGGUUGAAGACUAUAAAAGCUUUCUCAUGAAAAUAUUAGCAAGAAAUCAUACUUGUGCCAAAAUUCCAUUCUCCCGUGCUGACUUUCUGUUGCAAUAAAGACACAGAAAACUCUGCAGUUUCUUUACUCCAUGUUAACACAUGGUGAACAUCUCAAGCUUUGUCCUGUGUGUAUUUGGGAUAUGGGGAAAAUGGAAGGGUAUAGUGUUUGACAUUAUUUGGUGAGUUCCCGUGCAAACAGAAGUGAAAUUAGAAGAUUACUUUGUAUUGGAUUUAAGGAUGUUGGAUCAGGAAUCUAAUAAGAGUAAAUUCAGAACAAACAUAUAUAUAUAUAUAUAUAUAUAUAUCCUCGUUCUAGUUAUCACCACCAUUUGGUCUCUCAUCCAAAUUGGUUUCUUUGUUAUAUGUCCAUUUCUAUUCAUGUAACUUCUUUUUCAUUAAACAUGGAUCAAAACUG